AUCUAUAGUGUAUAGAGUCUUUAUGGUUUUUAAUUUGAAAGAAGAAACCGAGCACUUCCGGUUACUAAUGGCGGCCCUGGAGUGAGCGCUCUGGCAGGAUAGUCGGCGUCUGUUUUCUCUCCCCGGUUUUUUAUUUCAGGUGUGGGACAGAGGCAUGGCGGCGCUGUGAUGGAGGGAGACAGAGGGGAAGUUCUGCUGCAGGCCGCAGUGCAGGAGUGUGGCACUGAGCAGGACCACAACAGCAACAGUAACCAAGAGCAGAAAAAGGAUCCCUGUGCAGAAACCACAGCACAUGCGGAUUUCAGUGAUCCGAUAUAUAAAGAGAUCUCGCUGGCUAAUGGCGCCAUCAACCGCAUGAACAGAGAGGAGCUGCGUGCUAAAUGUGCAGAGCUCAAGCUGGAUACCAGAGGUGUUAAAGAUGUGCUGAAGAAGCGUCUUAAGAGCUAUUAUAAGAAGCAGAAGCUGAAGCAGUCCGCAUCGCUCGGCGCUGACGACUCGUAUUACGACUACAUCUGUGUGGUGGACUUCGAGGCUACGUGUGAGGAGAGCAACCCGAGAAACUUUGUCCACGAAAUCAUCGAGUUCCCCAUGGUCCUUAUCGACACGCACACUUUGGAGAUUGUUGAUUCAUUUCAGGAGUAUGUGAAGCCCAAGUUGAAUCCGCAGCUCUCAGAUUUCUGUGUGGAGCUAACAGGAAUAACACAGAAAAUGGUGGAUGAGGCAGAUCCGUUCCCCUCUGUUUUUCGCCGUGUAGUGGCCUGGCUGCAGGAGAAAGAGCUGGGCACCAAGUACAAAUACACUCUCCUAACAGAUGGAUCUUGGGAUAUGAGUAAAUUCCUUUAUACUCAAUGCCGACAGAGUCGAAUGCGAUAUCCACCGUUUGCCAGAAACUGGAUCAACAUCAGAAAGUCAUAUGGAAACUAUUACAAGGUGGCUCGAACCCAGACAAAGCUGAACUGCAUGCUGGAGAAUCUCGGCAUGAAGUACGAGGGCCGACCGCACUGCGGCCUCGACGACUCGCGCAACAUCGCCCGGGUCGCCAUCCGCAUGCUGAAAGACGGCUGUCGGCUGCGAGUGAACGAGCGUCUGCACGAAGGCAUGCUACAGAACGUGUCCAGUACAGCAGUGUUAGAAGGAGCUCCACCUCCUCAGUACCCCAAAAGCAGGGACUAAUUCAGUAUUCAGUAAUUCAGUACUCUUUUAUAAGUGAGAGAACAAACAAACUGCCUCGUGCCGGCGUCUAGGACCUUUUUCUAAUUCAUCCAAUUUGAUUAAAAAUGGUUCUUUCUUUACUAUCGAUUUGUGCAUAUUAUUAAAACGACCAAACCAAAUCCAAAAUCUGUGUUUAUACUGUGCAGAAUUUUUCAGUCUUUUUGAAAAUUACAUUCCCAAUUUUUUUAUGCUUUAGCAGUAAACAAACUUUGAGUGAUUUAAAAACAAUGGACUUUUUUUUGUGUCAAAGUGCCAUUAAAUUUGCAUUUCAGUAUUUAAUUGGUUAUGUACAUAUUGUAUUAAUGAAUUUUAAUUUAUUCAUACAAUUUUAGCCAGUUUAGCAUUGUGCAGCUGAAGACUCUGCAUCAUUCAGCAUUUCAAACAGACUUGAGGCACCAUGGAAACAUUACAUCUUUCUUCUUCAGCACUUGUUUCAGUGACAUUAAGCUGAGGUGUAGCCUGUUUGAGGUGUGAAGGCGGAGCUGAAUAUUAGAUGAAUAUUAAGUGUGCCUAGCUUGUAGCACUAAAUUUGCAUUAAAAUAAACUUCAAAUUUA